AUGAAAACACUUGAAAGUUGGAGAAAGAUUGUUUUAUUAGUUUGUGUGGUUGCUUUGGGAGUUGAUCCUCUGUUUUUAUUUAUCCCUUUGAUUGAUUCUCAAAGAUCCUGCUUCGCUUUCGACAAGAAGCUCGGAAUAACAGUCUCUGUUCUUCGUACUUUUAUCGACACAUUCUAUGUGAUUCACAUCAUUUUUCAUCUUAUAACCGAACUGAUUGCUCCUCGUUCUCAAGUCUCUUUACGAGGCGAGUUAAUCUUGCAUUCUAAAGCUAUAAAGAAAAGAAACAUAAUCUUUUACUUCGUUAUCGACAUUUUCUCUGUACUUCCCAUUCCUCAGGUUGUGAUUCUCAUUCUCAUUCAUCGGUCUGAUUCGCUAGUGUCGAAGGAGAUACUGAAAUGGAUUAUACUUUCUCAAUACAUACCGAGAAUCAUUCGUAUGUAUCCGCUUUCCGAAGAAGUUACACGAGCUUCUGGUACGGUAGCUGAAACAAAAUGGAUUGGAGCUGCUUUUAACCUUUUCCUCUACAUGCUUCACAGUUAUGUGUUUGGGGCUUUUUGGUACGUGAGUGCGGUAGAAAAGAAGAACAAAUGCUGGCGUCAAGUUUGUGUUAAGAUAUUAGGAUGCAAUCUGAAGAAUCAGUAUUGUAGUAGACGAGGCGGUGUAGACAACAGUCGUUAUCUAAACACUACAUGUCCAUUAAUUGAACCACACCAAAUCACAAACUCCACAGUUUUCAACUUUGGUAUGUAUAUUGAUGCAUUGAAGUCAGGUAUAGUAGAGGUAGAGCCUAAAGAUUUUCCAAGGAAGUUCUUUUAUUGCUUUUGGUGGGGUCUUCGAAAUCUUAGUGCUUUAGGACAAAACUUGGAGACAAGUAACUCUGUAGGAGACAUUGUUUUUGCAAUCAUCAUAUGCGUUUCUGGUUUACUCUUGUUUGCUGUGCUCAUUGGAAACGUUCAGAAGUAUUUGCAAUCAACUACGAUUAGAGUAGAUGAAAUGGAGGAGAAAAAGAGAGACACCGAAAAAUGGAUGUCUUAUCGGAUGCUACCAAGGUAUCUUAAAGAACGCAUUAGGAGAUACGAGGAUUACAAAUGGCGAGAAACACGAGGUAUCGAAGAGGAAGCUUUUCUUCGUAGCCUUCCAAAAGACCUUAGACUCGAAACCAAACAUCAUCUUUACAAGGAUCUGUUAAACCGUGUUCCUUGGCUCAACAUUAUGGAUGAUAGUUGGCUACUAGAAGCAUUGUGUGACCGAGUGAAGUCUGUGAUCUACACGGCGAAUAGCUAUAUAGUGAGAGAAGGCGACCCGAUUGAGGAAAUGUUGAUUGUAACGAAAGGCAAUCUGAAAAGUAUGACUGGCUACUAUGAUUCAUCUAACCUCCAAGCAGGUGACAUAUGUGGAGAUCUUCUCUUUUGGAUUCUUGAUCCGCAUUCUUCUUCUCGCCUCCCUACUUCAAACAGAACAAUAGUGACUCUGACCGAUGUUGAAGGCUUCAUUCUUUUGCCUGAUGAUCUCAAGUUUGUUGCUUCUCAUUUCAAUCGCUUUCAUAGCAAGAAACUCAAACACAUGUUCAGGUUCUAUUCGACAAAUUGGCGAUCAUGGGCGGCAUUUUUCAUACAAGCAGCAUGGAGAGAACAUUGCAAGAUAAAGUGUUCUAAGAUCUUACUUACAAAAAGAGACAACAAUAAGCAAAUCCUACAAGGGACAAAACUCAAUCUUGGAGCAACUCUACAUGUGUCGAGAUUUGUCUCCAAAGCAUUGCGAAAUGGACGAGAAAAUGCAGUAGGUUCUUCAAGCUCUUCACACAUGUUACCUCCACUACCACACAAACCAGCUGAUCCUGAGUUUGCAAACGUUGAAUCAUAA